AUGGCCAAGAUUGGCUCUCCACCUGAAAAUGCUGGUAACGGUAACCAGCCUUCAACUCUAUACUCUCUCGUCAUGACACCCAUCAACAUCACGGUCUUCCUCGUCUCGCUUCUCCUGGUCGAUUUCCGUCACACUGCCGGUCGCAAUAAUUUCUACGCCACAGGCAGUGAACAGGCGAGAUGGAUGCCUCAAUGGCUCCUCCAGCCGUAUCAUCAUAUCGGGCACAAGGAUCACGAUGCCCAUGGUCGCUGGCAUUAUCACAGCAAGCAGAAGAAGCUUAUGAAGAUGGAAGCAGACGAGGCCUUUCAGAUGAGGUCUACCGUACUGGUUUUCCUGGCUGUGGCUCUGGCUCUGGCCACAAGCGCCGUCUGGCUCUUGACGAGAAGUCUGUAUCAUGGCGUUGCUGCUCUCGUUGAGCAUCAAGUCGACAAUCAAACGGCCCCGCCUCCAGGAUUGUGA